ACUAAACAAAAUAAAGAAAUGAUACUAGGAUUUCCAUACAGUAGUUUUUGGUACCCUAAAUAAUAAGUACAGUUAUAGCUGUUCGCACGGAUAACAAUAAAACAAAAAAAGGGUUGAAAACGUUCGUUUCACUGCUGAGGAAGAAGAAAAGCCAAAAAUUAAAUGUUAGCCACUGAAAAAACGAACUUCCUUGGUUUCAAUAAAAAAUCCAAUUAUAAACGGCACUCGUGGAAAACAUCGAUAGCGACGUUAAAAACUUCACAGUUUUCACUGAAGUUCUAGUCAACACUCACUGGAAAAUUUAAUGGAUGAUAAUACUUACAAUGAAAGAUAAUAAAUAAGCAGAGGAAUAUACAACACCUGAUGUGCAAAUAUUGCAAUGAUACGUUCUCUAGCCAAACUGAACUUGACAAACACAAACAUUUGCAUUUGGACAGAAAACAUUAUAAAUGUAUCAAUUGUGAAAAGUCAUUUAUUAGCAUGAGUGACUUGACAAAUCAUACUUGUACCCGUACCAGCGAAAAGCCUUACAAAUGUCAGUUUUGCCCAAAAUCUUAUUCUUCGAAACAAAGCUUAAAACGGCACACUCGCUUGCAUACACACGAAAAGCCAUUUGAGUGUAAAAUCUGUAGCAAAUCUUUUUCUCAAUCAUUUAAUUUAAAAAUACAUAAUAAGCAACAUAUCAUAAAUGAUGAGAAUUUUAAAUGCAACUAUUGCGGUAAGUCAUAUGCAAAGAAACAGGCUCUAAGGAAACACAUUCUCGUCCAUUUAGGCGUAAGGCUAUAUGAAUGUAAAAUCUGCAAAAAAUCUUUCUCUCAAAACUGUAAUUUAAAAGUGCAUGCUCGUAUCCAUACAGGCGAAAGGCCCCAUAAAUGUGAAAUAUGCGGCAAAUCUUUCCGUCUACUAUUUUACUUAACACAGCAUACACGAAUCCAUACACUUGAAAAGCCAUAUAAAUGUGAAAUCUGCGACAAAUCAUUUACUCAAGCCAUUACUUUAAAAAGGCAUAUUCGUAUCCAUACAGGCGAAAGACCGUUUUCAUGUAAAGUCUGUAAAAAAUCUUUCACUCAAAACUGUAAUUUAAUAUUUCAUACUCGUAUCCAUACAGGCGAGAGGCCCUAUGAAUGUGAAAUAUGUGGCAGAUCUUUUACUCAUAGCUCUACUUUAAAAUCGCAUACUUAUACCCACACAGGUGAAAAGCCACACAAAUGUCAAAUCUGCGGCAAAUCUUUUUCUCAAACUCAUACCCUGAAAGUACAUACUUUUAUCCAUACAGGCGAAAAACCUUAUUCAUGUGAUAUCUGCAACAAAUCGUUUCAGCGAGCAUAUCAAUUAAAAACGCAUAAUCAAGUUCAUACAGGGGAGAAGUUAUAUAAAUGUAGAAUUUGUGGAAAAUCAUUUUCUCAUACAGGGACCCUAGUAAAGCAUACUCGCAUACAUACAGGUGAAAAGCCUUACAAAUGUGAUAUUUGCAACAGAUCUUUCAAUCAAAUAUCUUAUUUAAGAGCCCAUAUAGCAAUCCAUACACUUGAAAAGCAAUAUAAAUGUGAAAUCUGUGACAGAUCUUUUUCUCAAUCAUAUUAUUUAUCGACACACACUCGUAUUCAUACAGGCGAAAAGCCGUACAAAUGUAAAAUCUGCGACAAAUCCUUUGCUUAUAGUUCUAAUCUAAGAAAACAUACUUUGGUCCAUGACAAAAUCAACCAAUGCUUUAAAUGCGACUAUUGCGGCAAGUCUUUUACUGAUAAAAACAAGAUUAUAAGGCACCUACAUACUCACAUAGAAAAAUCAUGUGAUCGCAAAAUCUGUGGUGAAUCUCUUUUUGACAAAUGUAAUCUGAAAUCUCAUAGUCUAGUUCAUAACAGCGAUCGACUCUAUAGAUGCCACGAAUGCGGUAAAUUUUUUACUGAAAAACAUAAUCUCAUACAUCAUACGCGGACACAUACUAGCGGAAGUAUAAUUUAACAAUCUUUUGGAUGGUUAAUGUUAAAUUUUUCAAAAAUUUCAUCUUUUUGA